AUGAGCAGCACCACCUUCCUCAUCCUCUCCAUCGUGGGCAUCUGCGGUGUCGUUUUCAAUGCAGCAGCAUGGUCUGUGAACAACUUUCUGAUGACAGGACCUAAGGCGUACCUGACGUACUCCAGCAGCGUGGCGGCGGGCGCGCAGAGCGGGAUGGAGGAGUGCAAGUUCCAGUUCGGGUGGGAGCGCUGGAACUGCCCCGAGAGCGCGCUGCAGCUCUCCACGCACAACCGCCUGCGCAGCGCUACCAGGGAGACGUCCUUCGUGCAUGCCAUCAGCUCCGCCGGCGUCAUGUACACCCUGACCAGGAACUGCAGCAUGGGCGACUUUGAGAGCUGCGGCUGCGAUGACUCCAGGAACGGGCGCGUCGGUGGCCGCGGCUGGGUCUGGGGAGGCUGCAGCGACAACGUGGAGUUUGGGGAAAGGAUUUCCAAGCUCUUUGUGGAUGCUUUGGAAACAGGACACGACACCCGCGCCCUGAUCAACCUGCACAACAAUGAAGUUGGGAGACUUGCUGUGAAAGCUACGAUGAAGCGAGCCUGCAAGUGCCACGGGGUGUCGGGCAGCUGCAGCAUCCAGACGUGCUGGCUCCAGCUCGCCGAGUUCCGAGAGAUUGGGAACUACCUCAAGAUGAAAUACGACCAAGCCCACAAGCUGGAGAUGGACAAGAGGAGGAUGAGAGCCGGCAACAGCGCCGACAGCCGCGGGGCCACGGCGGAGACCUUCCACCACGUCCACGCCACGGAGCUCGUCUUCCUGGAGGACUCCCCUGACUACUGCACGAGGAAUGCCAGCCUGGGCCACCACGGCACCGAGGGCCGCGAGUGCCUGCAGACCGGCAAGAACCUCUCACAGUGGGAGAAGAGGAGCUGCCGGCGGCUCUGCACCGAGUGUGGCCUCAAAGUGGAGGAGAGGAGGACGGAGGUGGUCACCAGCUGCAACUGCAAGUUCCACUGGUGCUGCACGGUGCGGUGCGAGCAGUGCCGGCAGCUGGUGGCCAAGCACUACUGUGCCCGCCGCGACACUGCCGCCACCAACCACAUCAAGCGGAGAAACAAGGGCCACAAGAGAUAGAGGAAGGUCCGACGCUGCCGUGCCCGGGAUCACGAGAUGGACCUUUGGGUUUCUUCACCUUUAGUGGCCAUUGCCGUAGCCGAGGUUGGGAAGGAGCCUUCCCUAGGGCACAGCAGGGAUCUAAAAGGGGUUUGGAGGUCCAAGUGGACAAUGAGACUGGACCUUCUCUGAAUUAAUGCUGUGAGAUCAUGAAGCACAAGGUGUGGGCGCUGAGGGACCACAGUCCUUCUGGUUUCAUGGUUUCUCCUCAGUAUUUACUAACAGCUUCUUUCUUUUUGGGAGUCACUUUGUGUAUCUGAUGGAGGGAAGACGUUCACCUUUUCGGUGGCUUCAGCUCAUCGCACCACCGCCAGCGGUCAGCCCAGGCCAUCAGCAGUGAGCGAGGGUGGGAUGGGCACUGCAGCCUGAAUUGGUCCCACUGGGCAGCUCCGUCACUGCCACGGGCAUCACAGCCCGGGGCCCCCAUGGUGUUCCUGCACAGGUCAUGCUUGUAAAUACUCCUGGUGGAAAAUUUAUGCACUUUCUGAUGUGAGAGGAAUUUUUGCAGCAUUGUGAUUUCUAUUAGCACAGCUGCAACUUUUUGAGGGCUUUGAUAGGUUUACAGACAGUGUUUACAGUUUUUCUCUUUUUAUCUUUUUUUUAAACUUUUGUGAUUUGGUACCAGAACCCCUGCCCUGAAUGGACAGUAGCUUCAUGUAUUUGUACCAAAUGAAAUUAAGCAGUUUAAAAUUCCUUUACUUUUUUUUUUUAAACUAGCAGAUAAGAAUUCAGAAUUCUUUAUGCCUAAUACUGUUUAUUAAUAAGUUGUAUUAUUGCUUAGCACAAUCUGUUUUCUCUAUAUAUUUUGAAGGCAUCCCUAAAGAGUUAGAUUUUGGACUGUAUUUUGCAAUAAACACCAUCAUGAAAACAAUUGGCUUUUUCCUUUCAGGCUUCCUAGCAGCACGCCUCCAGGUGUAAAACCACCCAUUUCUAUGCAAAGCCCAGCACUUCCAAGAUUUCCCAUCAUCAGUCCAAAAGUCACUGAAGUCAGCGAGAAGCCUUUUCCUUCCCAGACCUCAAUGAAACUUGGCCCCAGCCUUCAAUCCCCGGAGGGUUUGCUUUAAGACCUAUCGCUGCAAUAUCUAACCUUUUCCAAGUGCUGAGUACGCAGGGUCACACCCGCCAGAGCCCAUUUUGAAGCUCCCGAAGCCUCUUUAGUUCGUCUGCGGCCUCAGUCCCCCAGACAACUAGAGGCUGCCCUGCUUUGAUGUGGAAAGCAUCGGCACUUGCUGCACAAUUCUGCCAGGCACGAGAGGAGCCCUUUGAACUCCGGGCAGGAGAGAAAACUUGGGGACAGCUGCGAAUGCGUCUGCUGGCUCCCUGCUGCUCGGGUGCGGCGGCAGGGAGGGCGGGAGGGGGCUGCUGCCAUCCCCAGAGGGUCCUCCUUUCACCUGGGGGUCUUGGUGUCACCACAGGGGGAGGCAGCCCUGCCGGCACGUUGGACCCACACUACCAGGGCUUUGAUGCUAAUGUGUGCCGACAUCUCAAUGUGUGCCGACAUCCCAUCGGCUUCCAGUGCAAACACAGCCGCCAACACGCGCGUGAGCCACGGCAGGAAGCUCAAGGUGUAAAACGCAGACGUCGGGAAGCAGAACUCUUGCACAUGCAUUUCUUUUUUCCAGCAGACGAUUUAUUUAAAGGGGGAAGGGCUACACCAGCCUGCCACCAAGCUAGGGGCCUUCUUUGCUGCCCUCAGAGUAGCUGCUUCCAAAACUUCCAUAACUAACAGGCCACACUACCACAGCUAAAAAUAAAUAAAUAAAAUUUUGUCACUGUUGCCACAGCAGCAUUUGUUUGCAACCCCCCCCAGCAUUUAGGCUGAACUAGAAGUGAUAAAAAACAGCAAACAAAGCCCCUUUCCUUCACCGUGCCCACGGGCCGGCCUACGCACACAGCGGUGCGGGCUCCAUUUUGGAGAACCGGGCCCAGGCCCCGUGGGGCUGCCCAGGGGCCCCAGGCUGAGGCUGCAGUAGACACAGCACAGCGCUGCCAUGGGUGCCCAGAGGCAGGAAGAUGUUAUUUCACCAGGGUAACGGGUGAAAUAUAGAAACUGUGUUACUGCAUGGCAGGAUCAGGGUUAAUAAAUUGCCCAGGUCAAGCCUGGCGGACGAGGGCUCCCCAUGAGCUGCUCUUCCCACUUCCCCCAGCCUGGGGCCAGCAUCUUGCUGAGCCAGCACUCGGCUCUGCUGUGUUGCAUUUAGAUGUUGGAGAUGAAGUCUCCUUCCCUGAAUUUGUCUAAUUGCCUUUUUAACCCAUUUAUAUUUCUGGCAUCCAGACUAUCCAAGGCAAUGAGCAUAUCUCAUGCAAAAGCCAAAGACCACACACAAAUUGAGGAGGACUUGGGGGAAAGUUAAGUACCAUCUCAUGAUAUCAAUUUCCCCUCUUUCUAUAGCUUGCUGAAUUAAUACUGAGCCUGAACAAACACAAAAGACAGUGCUAUGCCUUAGAGCUGCACCUUGACAGAGAUAUCACAGUCCUUGAGAAGCUGAAGCUCUCUCUUCCUCCCCUUGUUGCUUGGAUACAAUAGUCAUCAAUUCUCACUACAUUCACUACGAAACAAUAGAAAUUCAGGAUCAUCCUAAUCCAUCACGUGCUGUCAGGGAGUCACUGUACCCCUGAGCACCAUUACUCAUUUUCGGGAACCACAU